GCCGAAACCAUCACAACUUCUCUAGCUGUUACAGUUCGUAUUCAAAAUACCUAUAUCAAAUAAUUAAAAAUGUCGAAAUUCAUAAUCCUACUUUUCGUUGUGGCUUUUGUUGCUUGUGCUACCGCGAGCGAUGAUGAUGACGACGACGCCGGUUUCCCGUCGCUCGGAUUAUUUUCCGGCUUAUUUUCAGAUGUGGACAAAACUUUUGACGACUUGAGGAACAUGAAACCGGACGGCCCGAACAGCCAUGUUGAGGGUAAAUCCCAUUAUCAGUCCGAUAGUGAAACCAUUGUAAAUGGGAAGGUGGUAAACAAAGAACAUGAGACCGACGAUAUUAAGAAUAAAGAUGGAGAAGUACAUGAAGAACACAGCAAACAAUAAAACCUCUCGAAAGGAAACCUGGACUUCAAGCAAGAAAUUGAUAUUGUAAUGAAUUAGGAUUUGAAUAUUGUAAUGAAUUAGGAUUAUUAAUUUAUUAUGUUAUUUAAGUAGUUAGUGUAAAUAAUGAAAUUAAAAUAAUC